CGAGAGCCAGGCUGCCCGCGGAGUCAAACCGCCCUGUGAGGAGCUAAUGGUUGUUACAGAGCCACCUUGCCCAGUGCGUACCCGCACGAGUACGAGAAAACCGCAGCAGUUAACGGCUGACGUGCUCGGGAUGGCGGUUCUGGUCUCCCGGGCGGCGAGGGGGCCCUGCGCUCUUCAGGUCUGAAGACAACUGCUGUUCUUUCAGAAGUAACGUGCCCACAGUCUUCCUGGCCAAUGAUUCUUCUACAGCAAACAGGAUUUCUUCCUCAUCCUGAGAAGCCUUCAUCUCUUCCUAUGUCAGUGGCUACAAGGCCGAGGGCCAACUCACCACUGUCCCCACCAAAAUCUGUCGGACUGGGGCCUUCCUUUCAUCACACACAAGAAGAGGAGCUUGCAAAGGUCGUGGAGCAGGACCCUAUGCUGGAGGAGCUAUGCAAGCCUCUGUGCUGUAAGCUUUGCAAUGUCACUCUGAAUUCGGCACAGCAAGCCCAGGCUCAUUACCAGGGUAAAAACCAUAGUAAGAAACUCCGAAACUACUAUGCUGCCAACAGCUGUCCAGCACCUGCCAGGAUGAGUAAUGCGGUUGAACCUGCCCCGCCUCAGGUUGUCUCCCUUCCAGCCCAGAUGGGAUCCAGUAAACCAGGUGGCAGAGUGAUCUUGGCCACAGAGAACGAUUACUGUAAGCUUUGUGAUGCCUCCUUCAGCUCUCCGGCUGUGGCGCAGGCUCAUUACCAAGGGAAGAAUCAUGCCAAGCGGCUGCGUCUUGCAGAAGCACAGAAUAACUCAAUCUCGGAUGCAUCAGAACUAGGCAAACGGAGGGCAAGGAAAGAAGGGAAUGAAUAUAAGAUGAUGCAGAAUAGAAGAAAUAUGUAUUCAGUUCAAAACAACACAGGUCCCUACUUCAAUCCCCGCUCACGCCAGAGGAUUCCUCGGGAUCUGGCCAUGUGUGUCACCCCCAGCGGCCAGUUUUACUGCUCCAUGUGCAACGCUGGGGCCAGUGAGGAGAUGGAGUUCAGACAGCACUUAGAAAGCAAACAGCAUAAAAGCAAGGUGUCCGAACAGCGGUAUCGGAACGAGAUGGAGAACCUAGGCUACGUACAAUGACACGCCACCCUUGGCAGUAGUUUGCAAAUAGAGCAGCUUGUCUCUCGCCUGCUGUUUGCCACAUGCCCUGCUUUGUGCUCCAUUUGAUAGGAGUCUGCUCUCGAGCUAAACAUGUAACACCUCCAACCUUAAUGGUAUGGUUAGAUUUUUUUUCUAUCAUAGUUGGCAGGAUGAUGCUAUGCAGGACAUGAAGUGUUUUGAUGUUUGUUUGCUAGUUAUCUAAGGCUCUUCAUUGUAUCGAGUGUGGGGGGACUCUGUCUUCUUCUCAGCCUUCUGCAUGAAUGUGCAAAGCUCAAGAAGUGCUGGGAACUUCUGUGAUUCUGCCACACAGGUGGAUCUCGUGCAAAGCCCACACUCCCCCUGGCAUGCUAGAGAGCAGUGCUCCUGAAUGUCUUGUUAGAGCAAGGUGAAUCUCUGGGCAGCUUGCAAGAGAGGGACGGAAAUGAAGCCUGCAAAUGUUUUUUAGAUGGUUUGGUUGUCCACAGAUUGCUGCUGGGGCCCCUAUUGCAGCCCACAGGAAGUUCUUCCCACAUCCCUAUAGAAGACCCACCUCUCAUCCUUGGAUGAUCUUGUCUCCUCCUUCCUCUGGGAUGAAGAGUUCAUUCUAUUAUCUGACAUUAGUUAUCAGCUGGCUAGCCACAUCCAGAAAUACUCUGUUUUAUGAAAUGGUUACCAGAGAAGAAAGACUUUCAGAGCUAUAGUUGAUUAGAUAUCUUCAUACACCACAGGGGUAGUUCACCUCUCCGAGGAGAACCUGUGUGGGUCACGCAAGUCUAAUGAAGAGAAUUGGAAAGCAAAUCUACUCCGUUUGGAUGUGCUCUGCUCUGAUUCAGUGUUAGAAUGUGUAGGGCUGCGGAUGGGUUGGAGAGAGCUGUCAGCUGUGAUUUCUUUACAUGCUGACAUAGGCAGGUAUUGGUGUGGCCAGUAGCUCUGUUGCUGGAGAAGAGCAGGGCUGCCUGGACUCUGGGGAGCAGGUAUCAGCUGUAUCCCACCUACCACACCAGCCUGCAACUAAGCCCAAAGUGAACACAGAGGUGAGGUGAAAUGCUCCCUUGAACCUGAAUUACCAAUAUUGAUCUUUUUUUCUAUCUAUCUCAGACUGGCUUUUAGUUCCAUUUUUUGAUGGGAACAUCACUGUUUCAGGGACCAUCCAAACUCCAAAGCUAGGCAGGAUGUAGUUGCUGGGUGUGACAGUUGUUUGAGUAACAGUUUCUUGGCCAAGCAGAAAUCUUUGAAACUUGUUCAGCAAAUCUUUAGGUGUAGAGAAGCCCAAAAAGUAUGCAUGUGUUUUAAUGUUCCUUAAAAGUACUGGAAAGGGGAUAAAGAGCAGAAGUAGGGCUGCCAUUUAUUUUUCUACUCAUUUGGGUAGGUGUAGGAGCUGUGAUUGGAAUCCAAUUCACAAUGUUUCUAAAACAUUGGCUCCAGUGGCAGGCGCAGCUCUUAGCUAGCCUCUUUGGGACCUGAUUUGCCACUGUGCUGCCAGAGCUCUACACUGGUCUCAGCUUC